AUGAUGGAUCAUGCUUAUCACAACACUCUUGAGAAUGCAACAGUUGUGCAAUUAACUGCAGUUCUGUCAGCAGAUACAAUGCCAUGGGACAGCAUUGGUAUUAGCAAUAAGAAUAUCAUUUUGAAUGCAGGCCAGUACUCCGAAGAACAUGUUCUAAAAUGCACAUUCAAAGCAUGUGAUCCAGAAGAAACAGGACAGGUUUCCGUUUUCCGCAUCAUUGAAUACUUACAAGAAAUGACAGGGCAAAGCUGUGAAGACUGGAGGCUUCAAUCUCUCUACAAGAGAUUGGACCCUGAAGAACAAGGGCUUACUGUUGAUUUUUUUACCUUCUAUACUAUUAUGAAGGAUUGGAUUGCAGACUGUCAACAGGAAGGGGAAGAAGCUAUUGACUUCACAAAUAGCAUCAAGGACUUACAGCAUGACAACAAACAGCUAGCAGUGCAGAAUGUUAAACUACAGAGAACUAUUGAGGCUGCAGAAGAUCUCAAUUCAAGACUCUCUGAAGAGAUUUCUCAAUUGAAAGGGAAGCUGAGAGGGUUAUAUUACAGUAACCAGCAAACACUGGAACAAGCUAAAAUAUCAGCAAAUGAAUUGGAAGAUCUGAAAAUUUUUUCAAAAAGUAUGGAGGAGGAAAAUAAUAGAUUACACACACAAGCACGGCAGUUGGAAAAAGAGCAGCAGCUUCUCUCUGUUAAGAUGGAUAACCUUCAGGAUGAGAACAGAAAGUUGCUUCUAGAAAAAGAAAGCUCAGAGGGUAAAAUCAAAGAGCUAUUUACAAAGAAAGCCAAAAUGAAGUCACAACUCUCUGAGUAUGAAAAUCGUAUCUCUCGCAAAGAUGCUGCCCUUAAUAAGAAAAUAAAACAAAUUGAAGAGCUUACAAUAAAUCUGGAUGAAUAUCGAAUGAUGGUACAGGAAUUGAAACUAGAAGUUAAUAGGCUUCAAGAACACUUAUGUCAAUCCUAUCAAGACUUAAAAAUGCCACCAACAAACUCUCUACAAAGUAUGAAUGGUCCCAUACAGGCAUCUGCACAGUCACUCUACAAAGAGAUUGAAGAAUCACGUAGAGAAAUCAGUAAGGAGUGUGGCUUGCCUAGUCCUUUGUGUGGGAUGUUGAAUUCUUUGGUGAUACAUUCAGUAGCUGAAGGAAGCAUUGAUUGCUUGACAGAACAGGAACAUAACAAGAAAGGGUUAGAUGAUAUUAAAGCAUUACUUCCAGUUUCACAUAGCUUGUCUCAGUUAAGCCUUUUGACUGAUGAUAAACUAAUAUUGAAGAUUCAGGAACAUACACAAAACCAAAACAAUCUUCUAUCAGAGAAAGGGGGAAGAAGUUCUGAAGAAGCCUUGCAGAAACACCCUUUCGUCCCAAAAGAUGGCGAGUUAAUCCCAAAUAUUUGGAAAAAAACUAACGGACAUUCAUGUCAAAUUCUACUUCAAAGAUUUUUUGAUGUCCCAUUAGGCUAUCUAAUCCUGCAUAUCCUCCAGGAAUUGUUACUCCUUGGGCUGCUGCUUGUUGUGUGUGUUUCCUUGCUUGCAGUUUUCUGUUUAAUUAUAUUCUACAACCAAUUCUCGAUGUGGAUUGAGCCAAAGGGAAAAUUUUGGCAUUUCUUGUCAUUGCAGUAUCGACACGUACCACCUAUCUGA